ACAUUCAUUUAUCCAUUCCAACUAAAGUCUGGAAACGGUACACCAUGGUUUAUUUGUCUUUCUGCGAUUGUGUUCUGCAUUUGGAACGGUUAUUUACAGGGUAGCUAUCACGGCCAAUAUUAUGAUCCGAAGAAUUUCUUUUCGAGCAUUUUGACCUAUGUCGGCAUGUCUAUGUUUGCCCUCGGAAUGCUUAUCAAUAUACACUCGGAUAGUAUCCUUCGUAAUCUUCGGAAACCUGGCGAAGUAGGGUAUAAGAUACCUCGAGGUGGAAUGUUCGAAUACGUUUCUGGUGCGAACUUCUUUGGUGAAAUAGUCGAAUGGACUGGCUUCGCCGUAAUGUCAGGAUCACUACCGGCUAUCUCUUUUGCCAUAUUCACUGCUUGUAAUAUUGGACCGCGAGCACUACAGCAUCAUCAAUGGUACCUGAACAAGUUUCCUGAUUACCCAAGAGAUCGCAAAGCUCUAUAC